ACCUCAUCUGUCCUUGCAACAAUGAGUCCUCUCAGUUUUUGUGUCCGUCUGCAGUUGUUGCUGAGUGCAUGUGUGGGCCUGGAGUUUUUGGGCACUCCCGGACAGUGGGCACGCUACCUCCGCUGGGAUGCCAGCACCCAUGGCGAUCUCAGCUUCCAGUUCCAGACGGACGCCACCGAGGCACUGCUGCUCUACUUUGACGAUGGCGGUUACUGUGACUUUCUGCAGCUGGCGGUGACGCAGGGAAAGCUGCAGUUGAGGUUCAGCAUCGACUGUGCUGAGACUGUAGUGGCAUCAGAAAAGAGGGUGGAUGACAGCAACUGGCACUUUGCAACGCUGAGCAGGUACAACUUGCGCACUGUGCUGGCUCUGGAUGGCCAGGCCAAAGCAGACGAGGUCCGGCCUCAGCGCCAGUUCAUGAAGAUUGUGAGUGACCUGUUCCUGGGUGGAGUUCCUCAGGACAUCCGCAAUGGUGCCCUCACGCUGCCCACAGUCCAAAACAUGCCACCCUUCAGGGGUGCAAUAAGUGACCUCAAAUACAGCGGGUCAGAACCUCUGCUCCUGGGCAGCUUCAAGGUGCCGCUGGAGUCGGAGGGAUGGUGCACGGUAAAUCCCUGCGAGAACGGCGGCGGGUGCUCUGUGGUAGAUGGACAACCGGUCUGCGACUGCUCCAAAACAGAAUACCAGGGCCGCUUCUGCAAUGAAGAGGUCAGCACUAAAAUUCCAGGUGUGGCUCAUAUGAUGGCAGAACCAGCUAAAAGCAAAGCAAGGGAAGAGAACGUGGCCACGUUCCGUGGCUCAGAAUACUUCUGCUACGACUUGAGUCAGAACCCCAUCCAGAGCAGCAGCGAUGAGAUCACACUGUCCUUCAAGACAUGGCAGCGCAACGGCCUCAUCCUGCACACUGGGAAGUCGGCAGACUACGUCAAUCUGGCGCUGAAGGACGGCGCCGUCUCCCUGGUCAUCAACCUCGGCUCCGGAGCCUUUGAGGCCAUUGUUGAGCCAGUUGACGGGAAAUUCAAUGAUAACUCAUGGCACGAUGUCAAAGUGACCCGCAACCUCCGGCAGGUGACAAUAUCAGUGGACGGGAUUCUGACCACCACGGGUUACACCCAGGAAGACUACACCAUGUUGGGCUCUGAUGAUUUCUUCUACGUAGGUGGCAGCCCCAGCACUGCUGACCUGCCAGGAUCUCCAGUCAGCAACAACUUCAUGGGCUGCCUUAAGGAGGUGGUCUAUAAGAAUAAUGACAUUCGUCUGGAGUUGUCCCGCCUGGCACGAAUUGUGGACCCUAAGAUGAAGAUCCAGGGAGAGGUCUCGUACAAGUGUGAGAAUGUGGCCACCCUUGACCCCAUUUCCUUUGAGACUCCAGAAGCCUACAUCAGCCUGCCCAAAUGGAACACCAAGCGAAUGGGCUCCAUUUCCUUUGACUUUCGCACAACGGAGCCGAAUGGCCUCAUCCUCUUCACGCACGGCAAACUCCAAGAGAGGAAGGAUGCAGCUCGCAGCCAGAAGAACACCAAGGUGGAUUUCUUUGCUGUGGAGCUGCUGGACGGCAGCCUGUACCUCCUCUUGGACAUGGGCUCAGGGACUAUUAAGGUCAAGGCAACCCAGACAAAGGUCAACGAUGGUGCCUGGUAUCACGUGGACAUCCAGAGGGAUGGACGCACUGGUACCCUUUCAGUAAACAGCAGACGGACUCCCUUCACAGCCAGCGGUGAGAGUGAGAUCCUGGACCUAGAAGGGGACAUGUAUUUGGGUGGACUUCCUACCGACCGGACCAACCUCAUCCUGCCCACUGAGCUAUGGACAGCAAUGCUCAAUUACGGCUAUGUGGGAUGUAUCCGUGACCUGUUAUUGAUGGCCCGAAGUAAAGACAUCCGGCAGAUUGCUGAAGCGCAGAAUGGUGCUGGAAUCAAACCGUCUUGCAACAAACAAGUGGGCAAGCAAUGUGAGAGCUACCCGUGCAAGAAUCAAGGAGUCUGCAAAGAAGGCUGGAAUCGCUUCAUUUGUGACUGUACAGGCACUGGCUACUGGUCUCGCACUUGUGAGAGAGAAGCCUCGGUCCUCUCCUAUGACGGCAGCAUGUACAUGAAGGUGGUCAUGCCGACCAUCAUGCACACAGAGGCUGAAGACGUCUCACUGCGCUUUCGUUCCCAACGGGCCUACGGCCUCCUCAUGGCCACCACGUCCCGAGACUCAGCGGACACACUGAGGCUAGAGCUGGACGGCGGUCGCAUCAAACUCACGGUCAACUUAGACUGUAUCAGGAUAAACUGUAACUCCAGCAAGGGACCAGAAACCCUGUAUGCUGGGCAAAAGCUCAAUGAUAAUGAAUGGCAUACAGUGCUUGUGGUACGACGCGGAAAAACCUACAAGCUAAAGGUUGACGAUGACGUAGCAGAAGGCCAGAUGGUGGGAGACCACACGCGACUGGAGUUCCAUAAUAUCGAAACGGGCAUCAUGACAGAGCGCCGCUUUGUUUCCAGCAUCCCCUCCAGUUUCAUUGGCCAUUUGCAGAGUCUCAGAUUUAAUGGAAUGCUCUACAUUGACCUGUGCAAGAAUGGUGACAUAGAUUACUGCGAGCUCAACGCCCGCUUUGGGGAGCGUUCCAUUAUUGCCGACCCAGUCACCUUCAAGUCCAGGACCAGCUAUUUGAGCCUGGCCACCCUACAGGCCUACACAUCCAUGCACCUUUUCUUCCAGUUCAAAACCACCUCCCCAGAUGGAUUUAUACUCUUCAACUCUGGAGAUGGCAAUGAUUUUAUUGCUGUUGAGCUGGUUAAAGGGUACAUUCACUAUGUUUUUGAUCUUGGGAAUGGACCAAACCUUAUCAAGGGCAAAAGUGAGCGGGCUCUCAAUGAUAACCAGUGGCACAAUGUGGCCAUCACAAGGGACAACAGCAACACCCACACGCUCAAAGUCGAUGCUACAGCCACCAGUCAGAGCAUCAAUGGUGCCAAGAACCUUGACCUGAAAGGUGAUCUGUUCAUCGCAGGACUUGGUCCGGGCAUGUAUGCUAACCUGCCAAAACUGGUGGCAUCCAGGGAGGGCUUCCAAGGCUGCUUGGCAUCGGUGGACCUCAACGGACGUCUGCCAGACCUCCUCAGUGAUGCUUUGUUCCGUAGCGGGCAGAUUGAGCGUGGAUGUGAAGGUCCAAGUACAACCUGUCAGGAGGACUCCUGUGCCAACAUGGGGAUCUGCAUCCAGCAGUGGGAGAACUACACCUGCGACUGCUCCAUGACGUCCUACACGGGGACACAGUGCAACGACCCUGGGACAACAUACAUCUUUGGAAAAGGAGGGGGCCUGAUCACAUUCAAGUGGCCAGCCAAUGAGAGGCCAAGCACCAGGACCGACAAGCUGACUGCUGGCUUCAGCACCUCCCUGAAAGACGGCAUCCUUGUCAGGAUUGACAGUGCUCCUGGUCUGGGGGACUUUCUCAUGCUACAUAUACAACAUGGUAAAAUUGGAGUGACGUUCAACAUUGGCACUGUGGAUAUUAGUGUGCAGGAGAGAAGCACCCCAGUGAAUGAUGGGAAGUACCAUGUGGUUCGGUUCACCAGGAAUGGUGGCAACGCAACGCUGCAGGUGGACAACUGGGCCAUCAACGAACACUUCCCCUCAGGGAACAGUGACAUUGAACGGUAUCAAAUGGCCAACAAGAAAAUUCCUUUUAAAUACACCAGACCAGUGGAAGAGUGGCUACAAGAGAAAGGUCGGCAGCUCACAAUUUUCAACACCCAAGCAACAGUGACGAUUGGGGGAAGUGAUCGUGGACGGCCGUUUCAGGGUCAGCUCUCUGGAAUCUAUUACAACAGCCUGAAGGUGCUGAACAUGGCUGCAGAGGGUAACUCCAACAUCAAGAUCAACGGCAGCGUGAGGCUGGUGGGCGACGUGCCCAGUGUGGCAGGUUCUGCUCGCACCACGACCAUGUCUCCAGAGAUGUCCUCUGCUUUCAUUGAAACGACGACCAUGAUGUCCACAACCACAACGAGGAAACACCGUUCCUCCUCAACUGUGCAGCACACAUCAGAUGACAUUGUGUCGUCUGCGGAGUGUUCCAGUGAUGAUGAAGACCUGGAGGAGUGUGAGACCGGCCAUGCAGCAAUCCCAACAGAACCUGGCAUCAGGCGAGCUCCAGGGCCUUCGGAAGUUGUCCGUGAAUCUAGCAGCACCACCGGGAUGGUCAUCGGAAUUGUGGCAGCCGCCGCCCUGUGUAUCCUCAUCCUUCUGUAUGCCAUGUAUAAAUACAGGAACAGAGACGAAGGCUCAUACCAGGUGGACGAGAGCAGGAACUACAUCACCAAUUCAGCUGUGCAGAGCAAUGGCGCUGUCAUGAAGGACAAACAGCAGAGCUUUAAAGGUAGCAACAAAAAACAGAAGAACAAGGAUAAGGAGUAUUAUGUGUGACUGAGACUUUCC